CGGGAGGAAGGGGCGGGCCAAAGCGCUGGAGCCUGCGGGGGGGCUCGUGCCCAGGGCCGAUGCUGGCGGCAGUGGGGGCAGCUCCGAGGGCAGGGGCUGCAGCCCCGCUCUCCCGCCAGCCUCUUGCUGGGUCGUACAAAGCGCUGGGGCAGGCCUGCAGCCAGGCUGGCGAGGUCCCGGCCUCAACCGGGUGUUCCUGUGCCAACUGCAGAACCGUCGGGGUUCUAGUCUCAGGGUCUCUCUGAGGCUCGGAAAGAGCCAGUCUAGACAUUAUGGCAGCACCGGUCCGCUUGGGCCGGAAGCGCCCACUGCCGGUUUGCCCCAACCCACUCUUCGUUCGUUGGCUGACCGAGUGGCGGGACGAGGCAGCCAGCAGGGGGCGCCACGCGCGCUUUGUGUUUCAAAAGGCACUGCGCUCCCUCCGGCGGUACCCCUUACCUCUGCGCAGCGGGAAGGAAGCCAAGAUCCUUCAGCACUUCGGAGACAGGCUCUGCCGGAUGCUGGACGAGCGGCUGAAGCAGCACCUAGCAUCAGGCGGUGACCAUGCCCCCAGCCUACCAUCUGGAGAGAAGAAUCAAGCCAGUGAAAAGCCACCUGCUCGAGUCCAGGAUUCCUCAAUGCCAGUUCCCACCCAGCCUCAAGCAGGAAGCACUGGUGGCUAUUGGCCAGCACAGAACUCAGGUGCCCGUGUGGUCCUGCUCCAGCUCUACAGGGAACACCUGAAUCCUGAUGGCCACAGCUUCCUUACCAAGGAGGAGCUGCUGCAGAAAUGUGCCCAGAAGGCCCCCAGGGUAGUUCCUGGAAGUUCGAGACCCUGGCCUGCCCUCCGAGGCCUCCUCCACAGGAACCUGAUCCUCAGAACACAUCGGCCAUCCAGGUACGCACUGACACCAGAGGGCCUGGAGCUGGCCCAAAAGCUGGCCGAGGCAGAAGGCCUGAGCACUCUGAACAUUGGCACCAGGCCAGGGGAGCCCCAUGGAGAGGAGUCAGCAGCCCCAGAAGCCACCAUGUCUGAACCUGGUACCAGUGAAAGUGGCAUCCAGCAGCCACCACUGGAGCUGAGGCCUGGUGAGUACCGAGUGCUGUUAUGUGUGGACACUGGAGAGACCAGGGGGGCAGGACACAGGCCAGAAAUGCUCCAAGAGUUGCAGCGGCUGCAUGUGCCCCACACAGUGCGAAAGCUGCACGUUGGGGACUUUGUGUGGGUAGCACAGGAGACCAGGCCCAGAGACCCAGCAAGACCUGGGGAGUUAGUCUUGGACCACAUUGUGGAACGCAAGCGUCUGGACGACCUGUGCAGCAGCAUCAUUGACGGCCGUUUUCGAGAGCAGAAGUUCCGCCUGAAGCGCUGUGGCCUGGGACACCGGGUAUACUUGGUGGAGGAACACGGGUCUGUCCACAACCUCAGCCUUCCUGAGAGUACCUUGCUGCAGGCCGUCACAAACACCCAGGUCAUUGAUGGCUUCUUUGUGAAGCGUACCAUGGAUAUUAAGGAGUCAGCUGGCUACCUGGCCCUGUUGACAAAGGGCCUAGAAAGACUUUAUCAGGGCCACACCCUACGCAGCCGCCUCUGGGAAACCCCAGGGGAUGCUGAAUCAGGAACCAGACCUUCCACAAAUCCUCUCUGCUCACUCUUCACCUUCAGUGACUUCAAUGCAGAAGCUGUCAAGAACAAGGCCCAGUCUGUGCGAGAAGUUUUUGCCCGGCAGCUGAUGCAGGUGCGUGGACUGAGUGGGGAGAAAGCAGCAGCCCUGGUGGACCGAUACAGCACACCUGCCAGGUACCCCCCAGAGAGCCACUGGGUUCCUCUGCCCUUUCCUGGGUGGAGGUCAGCUUCACCAGUGCUUCUGGAGAAAGCCUGGCUCUGUGUGGGAGCCUUGGAAGGUUCUGUCCCAGUGUUUCCCAGGAAGGGGGAGGGCAGGCCGCAUGGAAGAGGGCCUCUAUCACCAGGAUCAGGAAAUGUGCAGGGUCCAGAUUCCUCUACUGCAGGCUAAAUCUUCCUGCCUUGGCUCUCCUGAUGCUGGCCCAGAUAAUCAGCCAUUGUAUGCCCUACCCCCAGUCUCCUGGCUGCCUAUGAUGCCUGUGCCACCCCUAAGGAGCAGGAGAUGCUGUUGAGCACUAUC